AUGUCUUCGCGCCAGUACGCCCACCCCAGCAUCGGCGGAAGCAGCAGCAGCAGUGGCCCUGGUGACGAUCUCGACCGGCGCCAAUCUAGAAACCCUCUCCGACAGCAGCAGCAGCAGCAGCAGCAGCAGCAGCCACCGCGAUCAGGCAACACCAUGAGCGGCUACCACCUUCGCUCCCGGGCUGGCGGCCUUCUCGCCUCGGGAUCCAACUUCCUCGCCACCAGGGACUGGCAGGGCAUGGCCAGUACGGUCAAGCAAAAGGUCGCCGAUGCCGGUGCCUACACACAGCAGCAGUCACACCGGCAGUCCUUCCAGCAGGAUCCAAGCGCCCGGCAGAGGAACGGUCCACGCAGGUCGAUGAGCACCUCAUCGACCGCCACGAACCCCGCCUUCCGGCCCACCCAGCCCAACGAAGGCCUAACGAGCCUCAACGCGCUCAAGCCGGGACAGGAGAACCCAGUCCUGCUGCCCGGAUGGGCGCAGCGCAACGUCGCGCGCGACCGCCAUCCGCAGAGCUGGUCGGCCCCCGACGCCCCCGAGGAUCUCGAGGACGGCGAGAUCGAGCUGCAGAUCUCGAUCGAUGGCUUCGUCGCCAAGACGCUCGACGCCCCCACCCGCAGCCAGCGCCUCUUCAACCAGAUGGCCCGACAGCUCGCUGCGCUGCCUCGCCUGCCCUCGACCGCCCUCGAUAGCCAGAUGUGGGACAGCAGCACCACGCUGACCGAAGAGCCGCAAGAUUUGGCCGCAGGCACCUCAUCAACCCCACAGCAGCAGCAGCAGCAGCAGCCGUCGCCGUCGCGCGAAGAUGAGCCGGCGAGUUUCAGGGACAAGGCCAUCAGCAAGCUAAUGGAGGGCGCCGACGAGGAGACGCUCGUCAGGCUCAUGGAGAACCUGGGCGCAUUCCCCACCGAAGUUUCGAGCGCCGAGGCCGCCUCGAAGCUUGAAGGCAGGACGCUCCACGGACCACACUCGCAGCGCAAGGACACGGCAGACGCGGCGGCAGCCAAGCCGUCGUCGACCGCCUCCGCCGCCGCCAGCAGCAGCAGUCAACUCGAUGUACCCGGCGGCUUCAGCAGGCCGAGCCGGCAGAACACGGCGUCGUCGACGUCGUCGAGCGCCAGCACGCUCGGCGGCUCGCUCUUCUGGGCGGACCGCACCGCCGAGGAGCUGCACCGCCUCCACCGCAACCUGGGAGAGCGCCUCCGCGCCUACUGGAUCUACCGCUCCACGCACAAGGACGUCAACAUCGAGAUCUCUCCCGUCGUCCGCGGCGAGGCGCUGCGGUCCUCUGGAGGCGAGCGGGUGCUGCUGGCGGCAACGCGCCUGACGACCGACUCGACGGGCCAGUUCUCGCACCGCCUGGUGGUACCGUGGCACAUGAUCUCGGGCUUCUGCAGCUUCCACUCGUCGGUCGCGCCGCGCGACAUUGACGGGGUCGAGAUCCGCGCCGUGCUGCCGUCGCCGUCGCCGUCGCGGAUCUUGGAGCCGGGGACGGGGGCGCCGACGGGCAACGACGACGACGACACGCGGGCGACGCCGUGGCUGCGCUACCCGCUCACAGAGGACGGCCACCGCAAGGUUCGCGUCAUCUCGGACAUCGACGACACGGUCAAGCAGACCGGGGUGCUGCUGGGCACCAAGCGGAUCCUGCGCAACGUAUUUGUGCUGCCUUUUGAGGAGGUCGAGGUGCCGGGCGUGGCGGCGUGGUACCAGUCAAUGGUGUCGAUGGGCGUGGGGCUGCACUACGUGACCAACGCCCCGCUGGAGCUGCACCGGCUGGUGAGCGACUUUUUCGCCGCCGUCAAGCUGCCGUUCGGCCACCUGACGCUCAAGCACUACCCGAGCGGGACGCGCAGCCUGCUGGCGAGCUGGCUCGAGCCGGCGGGCGAGCGGAAGCGGGCCAACGUCGUCAAGAUCCUCGACGAGUUCCGCCAGUCGCAGUUUAUCCUCAUCGGCGACUCGGGCGAGCUGGACCUCGAGCUGUAUACGGCGCUCGCCGCCGAACGCCCAGGCCAGGUGCGCGCCAUCUUUAUCCGCGACGUCAGCUCGCCGCGGCCGGGCGACGCCAGAAGUCCGACGUCGACUGCGGUGCCGCCGCUGUCGUCGUCUUCGGCGUUUGGUGCGGGGCUGCCGGCGACUGGCUCUGACGCUGACGCUGUCGGUGGAGCGGGGAGCGGGGGAGCAGGUGAGACGCUCUCCAAGCCUCCGGCGGCCGCACUGCCGCCGUUGCAGGAUGGCGUCGAGCCUGCGCUGGCGGGAUCCGCUGGCGGCGGUGUCGGCGAGGGAGCGAAUGGCGACCUGAGCUUUUUCCAGCCGUCGUAUCCUCCGUUGGACCCCUCGGCGGCAGCAGCAGCGGCGUCGUCGGCAUCGUCGUCGUCGUUGCCGCUGUCGUAUCCGGCAUUGGCGUCGAAGCCGGGCGGACUGAGCGAUGCGGACCUGAAGCGCAAGCAGGCGUUCCAGUCGCGGCUGCUGCGGGCCACGUCGAAGCUGCCGCGCACCACCGUCUUCCGGCUCUUCUACGAGGGCGGCGACGUCGAGUCCGAGGCGCUGCGGCUGGUCCGCGAGCUCCAGAGCGGCACCCGGCCCGCCGACAGGUAG